CCCAAACUCCUGCUGGCUCAAACCCAACUCUCUGGUCAUCUUUCUCUCUUCUUUACCACCCGUUUCCAUGGUUAUGGAGUUUAUGGACAUGGACAUGGACAUGGAAUGAACCCUUAACGUCUACUUCCUUCUACUAGUCCCAAAACCCUUAAUCCUUUCAAUUUCAGCUCCCUUAAACCCUGACUUAAAUGUUCCAACCAUGGACUUAACCCCCAAUUCCACCCACACCACAACCACCACCACCGCCACCGCCACCGCCACCGCCAAAGUGCAGGAAGCAGAAUCAGAGACACCAUCACCUCAUCCUCCACCGAUCCAACUCUCCAAGCCCACCACCGACCACCACCUUACAAAGGCCUUAUCUUUCACCAACGGCGUACUCAAACGCCGCCAUCCUCUCCGACCGAGCAGCCCGGUGGUUCCAGUACCGGUUAUUUACAAAGAAUGCCAGAAAAACCACGCCGCAAGCUUAGGUGGCCACGCCUUAGAUGGCUGUGGAGAGUUCAUGCCAUCUCCCACCGCCACUCCCACCGAACCUACUUCUCUCAAAUGCGCCGCUUGUGGUUGCCAUCGCAACUUCCACCGCCGUGAACCUGAAGAAUCCACCCUUUCCUUCGAUUUCCACCACCAUCACCAUCACCCUCCACCCCCUUCUACCACCGCUCGUGGACGGAGCCCCAAUUCACCUUCCCCACCUCCGCUUUCUUCUUCUUAUUACCCCUCUGCACCCCAAAUGUUACUGGCUUUGAGUUCGGGACUAUCUGCUCCGUCAGAUACCCAUCAAGCGGUGAAUAAUUACAACCAUCAAGUGGGUACAGUAGGAACAGCAAUGACGACGGCAAGCCCUAAUGGACGUAAGAGGUUCAGGUCCAAAUUCAGUCAGGAACAGAAGGAAAAGAUGCUUGCUUUCUCAGAGAGGUUGGGUUGGAAGAUGCAGAAGAGAGACGAGGAUUUGGUGGAAGAGUUCUGUAAUGAGGUUGGUGUUCAGAAGGGCGUUUUGAAGGUUUGGAUGCAUAAUAACAAGCACACGUUUGCUAAGAGAGAUCAUAACGCUGACAACAACAACAACAACAACAUCAUCAUCAGUAGAAGUAACCUCGACAUCAUCAACAAUCACAGAGAUACUACUAAUGGUUCUUCUUCCUCAUCUUGAUAACACUACUCUAUCAUCAAUUUCAGGAACUGUUUGAUAACCAUGGAUAGAAUUAGAAGUUAGAUUUAGAAUCUUUUGAGCUCCUCCUC